CCCAGCCGCACGCGACCACAACUGGCUGCCGACUUCGAGAAUGCAAAUUUGCCGAGGAGUGCGUUCUCGCCGGAUAAUCUUGGGGCGGCAUGGUUCAGUCGCGGGCAACCCGCAAGAAGCCGAUUGUGCUCUCCUCGGAUUCUGAGGAAGACGAAUCCCACUCACCGCCUCCCAAGCGGCCCAAGAGGGGCACACUAACCGGCAUCUCUGAUGGAGCUCGCAGAGAACUAAAGACAUCUCGCGUGCAGACGCGUCGUGUAGCGUCGCCCAAGUUGCCGGCAUCGUCUACUGAGAAGUCCCCAGCUAAGCAGCCUGGCAAGGUCAAGGCGGUAUACAAACCCAUCACAUCCUUCUUCAAGAAUGCCACUCGGUCGCAGUCGGCCCAGCCCACGCCGAGUCCUGAGAAGUCUGCUACACCGCUCCAAGAAAUUGACGAUAUCCUCGACUCCUCCGACGAUGAUCGUCCCCUAAAGCCAUCGAUCGCCCUGCCAGUGCGGAAGAGUACCAGGGCUACCGCUACCACAGACCCUGACAGCAUUGCGAAAGGCAGACAGAGGUUCCUGCCUACAGCGCGCGGAGUACACAGCACGCCCCCACCACCUUCGCAGCCAUCUUCGCAGCCAGCAGCGCCCCCGGAGACGAUAGACAGACGGCCAUGGACUGAACAGUACGGACCGGUGUCACUCGAUGAGCUGGCAGUGCACAAGAGAAAGGUGACGGACGUGCAGACAUGGCUCGCAGAUGCCUUCGGUCGGAAGGGGCGCAAGAGGCUCCUGCUUCUCAAAGGCCCUGCCGGCAGUGGGAAGACCACCACAAUGGCACUGCUGUCCAAAGAACUGGGGAUCGACAUGCACGAGUGGAAGAACCCAAUAAACUCUAUGUCGACCUCUGAUAACUUCGCGUCUGCGACUGCUCAGUUCGAAGACUUUGUUGGAAGGACUGGUGCAUUUGGCGCUUUAGCAUUUGACGAGCCGACCCAGGCUCGCUCACAGGCUCUGCCCAGCACACCGAGUAGUAGACAGAAACAGCUGGUUCUUGUAGAGGAGUUUCCAAAUACAUUCGCGCGUGCGUCUUCGGCCGUACAUUCGUUUCGAUCUUCCGUCCUCCACUAUCUUGCGGCGAAUGUGCCAUCAACUACUGCGUUGUUUUCGACUUCGGCCGACCCAGAACAGCCAAUUACUCCUAUCGUCAUGAUCAUAUCCGAGACACUUCUUUCUACCAAUACCGCUGCAGCUGACAGCUUCACUGCUCAUCGACUGCUGGGUCCCGAGAUCCUGACUCACCCCGGAGUCUCCGUUAUCGAAUUCAAUCCGAUCGCGCCAACAUACAUGACGAAAGCACUGGACACAAUCGUCUUGAAAGAAGCGCGGAAAUCUGGGCGCAAGAAAACUGUUGGGCCGCAGGUCAUCCAGCGACUUGCAGGGCUCGGCGAUAUUCGCAGCGCAGUAUCCUCUUUGGAAUUCUUAUGUCUACGUGGAGAUGACGCCGAGGGAUGGGGCGCCAAAGUCAACUUCACAAAGAAGAAGGGACCGAAAGAUGUUCCGAUCACGAAGAUGGAGAAGGAGUCGCUGGAAAUGGUGACGCAACGUGAAAGCACGCUGGGUAUAUUUCACGCUGUAGGGAGGGUCGUGUACAACAAACGACUUCCGGAAGAUUCAGAGAUGUUGGUUCCCCAACCACCGAACUGCUUUCCUGAGCGACGCAGGCCAAAAGCAUCUGAAGUCAAUCUCGAUACGCUUAUCGAUGAGCUUGGUACUGACACACAGACAUUCACUGCGGCUUUGCACGAAAACUACGUCCUCUCAUGUGGAGGUGCCGAUAGUGAAGAGACUAUGGACUCUUUGGAAGGGUGCGUUGAUGCUCUUUCAGAUGCGGACCUACUCUCUCCAGACCGCUUCGGCGACUUUGGGCGACGCAACUUCCAAGGCACAAGCGCGGAUAAUCUACGCCAAGACGAAAUGUGUUUUCACACGAGUGUGCGCGGACUUCUUUACAAUCUACCAAAUCCCGUCAGACGACUAGCACCUCCCCCUGGUAUCAUGGGUGUUAAAGCCAAAGGCCAAGGUGCAGCGGCAGGAGCUCCAAAAGGCAACGCAUUCGCUAUGUACUACCCCUCAUCACUACGGCUGUGGAGGCAACAGGAAGAGAUUGGGGAUCUGUUAGAAAUGUGGAUAAUGCGAGCACAGCGCGGCGAACUCUUUACCUCUACCACAGGAGCACCCAAAUUGGCCGUCGCAACCGGCGGAGUUGAAACCUGGCGCAGAAAUCCCUCCUCCAACCAGCCUUCCUCAUCAACUCCAGGCGCAAAAUCCUCAGCCAAUGAUGAGAAAGUACCCAUCCUCCUUGGCAGCGGUGGUUCGGCGCGCUCUGAAAUGCUGCUAGAGCGGCUUCCCUAUUUGCCCAUUAUACUGCGCAAAUCGCGUACACCAAAUCUCUCUACCGCAGCCACCAUUCGCGAUAUCCAAAAGAUCACCUCAUUUAUCGGCAACAACGCGUUCAGUGUGAAUCCUGAUGAUGCCGAGGAUGAUCUGGAGAUGCCGGAUACAAGCGAGCAUGAACAGUGGGCGACUGAUAAGUCGACUUCUGAGCUGUCGCCAAGGAAGAAGAGGGUCAGGAUUGCGAGCAAGGAUGAUGAGGCUGAAUCGGCGAUAGCGGGAUUGGCGGAGAAAGGGAAGAGUUUGAUAUUAAGUGAUGACGAUAUUGAGGAUUGAAGAGGGCGAACGAAUAUGUAUAUCAAUGUAUGGAAAUUCCUCGCAUAGCGAUGUUGUAUGUGCAAGCAAUCAAGCGCAUGGUUUAAAGUAAUUACAAGACUACAAACCAGUGGCAUAGUUCGAUGUAAAACAU